CUUGCGCAUUCAGGCUCGCGACGGUUCAGCGCGAGAGUGUUUGUUAUUAUUCAUCAGCAGUUGUGCGCGCGCUCGGAGCAACAAACACACCUGACCUGACAAAAUGCUGCAGGCAGAGUUUGAGAAGAUUGCAACGGAUGUAAAGCAGAUAAAGAGCAGGCCUUCUGACCAGGAGCUGCUGGAUCUGUAUGGCCUCUACAAGCAGGCUGUUGUUGGGGACGUUAACAUCGAUGCACCUGGAACGUUUGAUAUGAAAGGAAAAGCAAAAUGGGAUGCUUGGAAUUCCAGGAAAGGCAUGUCCACAGAAGAUGCCAUGACUGCCUACAUCACCCUGGCCAAGGAAGUCAUCAAUAAAUAUGGAAUGUGAUGAAUUUUUAUCACUGGAAUAGAUUUGCAUGUGAGCCCAGACAUAGUGAUGUGAUGCUUGAACAGAUGGAUUAAAUCUCUUUAACUGUUGUUGUUUAUAUUACACUGAUGGGAUGUUUAAUGUUUCGGAUUUUUAACAGUGUAAUACUAAUACUGUAGUUGCAUUAAAUGUGAAGGAUAAAAUGAUUUGUUUUGCAUACAUUAUAAAAUAAUACGUACAUUAAAAA